GCGAGGGGCUGUAUCGGCGAUUUCGAAUGCCACGGAGAUGUGCACUUGGCAACCGCCAGCAAGAUGGGUACAGGCAUGUAUAAAAGACAGAGAGCCGCCUGGGGGUUGUGUAGAAAAAGAAUACCAUCACUCUUCUCUAUCUCCCAGGACCUCACCUACCUUAUUCUAAACGCUUGAUUCUCAGCCUCACAAGAUUCGUCAACCUUCACAAUGGCUCUCCCUUCGCCAGUGAAGACGAGCCAUUUCGAGCCGUAUCCCGAGCUCGACCCCAAGCUGCCCCAGCACUCGACCAAGAGCAAGCACGUACUGAUCACGGGCGGUGGCUCUGGCUUCGGCUCCGCCAUCACAGACUCAUUCGCGCAGUCUGGGGCAGCCAACAUCUCGAUCCUCGGCCGGAAAGAAAGUGUUCUUCUCGCCAAGAAGAAGACGACCGAGGCGCAAUACCCGGGUACCAAGGUCCACGUCUUGGUUGCCGACUUGGCAGACAAGCUGUCUGUCGACAAGGUAGUGGCAGAGACAGUCAAGUCUGCCGGAAACAUCGACAUCCUUGUCGCCAACGCAGCCUACCUCAGCGAUGUGAAGCCGUUCAUGGAGAAUGACCUAGAUGACUGGUACAAGGGCUUCGACAUCAACGUCAAGGGCAACUUCAACCUGAUCCGCGCCUUCGUCCCGCACGCAGCCCUCGGCGCCACCGUCGUCGAGGUCAGCACGGUUGUCCAGUUCAACACCGUCCCCGGCUACUCAGGCUACCACGCCUCCAAGCUGGCCCAGCACAAGCUCUUCAACUACCUGCAUGACGAGUACCCGGCGCUGCACGUUGUGUCGAUGCAUCCUGGCGCCAUGAAGACGGACAUGACAGCCAAGCUGCCCGCGGAACCGCCGUUUCCCUACACGAAUACGGCGCUGUCGGCAAACUUCAUCGUCUGGCUUGCUAGCCCCGAGGCCAAGUUCCUCGACGGGAAGCUGGUCUGGUCGCUCUGGGAUAUCACGGAGCUGAAGGCACUGGCGAAGGAAAUCGAGGGCUCCAGCAGAUUUACCAUUGGCAUGAUCGGGUGGCCUUAAGUGGCUUGGAUAUAGCAUGGAUAUCUCAUGGAUAGAGUGAGAAGAGAAUGCAGUAAUGAUAAGCUUGAGAUUGAGAUUGUUUUAAAGUGCUUGCGCAAUUACAACCUCGAAGUGACAAGA